CCAGGGCGCGAACAGAUACAAUUGAUUCGAUCCGGUUCGCGUUUUUCGUAUCACCAUGAUCACGCCGCUGUCUGGAGUGGCUUCGGUUUCGGGUGCUUUACUGGUGACCCUGGCCCUGGUGGUCAGCGAAUCCCUGGCGACGGAAUACCAGCGAGAGCGAUCCCUGCGCCUGCCCAACGAUACAUAUCCGCUGUUCUACCAACUGCACAUAUCCAGUGAUAUUCACAAGGGCACACUGCUCUUCAGCGGAAAUGCCACCAUUGACGUAGCCAUCCGGCGCUCGACGAAUGAGAUAGUAAUGCACGCCAAGAACCUGUCCGAUAUUCAGAUCACAGUCCAUCGUUUGACGGACGGGGGCUCCCAGAUCGUGGACGACUUAACUCACACGCUCUAUCCAGCGGCAGCUUACCUCAUCAUCCAUCCGAAUGAGAAUGAGGAUCACCUGGUCUUUGAGGAGGGCCAGCAAUACCGCCUGGAAAUCCUCUACACGGCCACUAUGACACUGCGACCCGCGGGUCUUUACUACAUGGAUUAUACGGAUGAGAAGAGCAACCGCACCUCAUACAUUGCCGCCACGCAAUCGGAGCCCACAUAUGCACGUCUUAUCUUUCCCUGUUACGAUGAGCCGGGAUUCAAGGCAAACUUUAGCAUAAUUUUAACUCAUGGCAGCAGCCAUUCGGCCAUAUCCAAUAUGCCAGUAAAGGAAAUACUCUCGCAUGGCGAAUUAAAAACCACCAUUUUUCAAACCACCCCGCCUGUUUCCACCUACCUGGUGGCCUUUGUCAUCUCCGAUUUCGAGAGCAUAUCUGAGACUUAUCGAGGGGUCACCCAGAGUGUCUAUUCUCCGGCGAUAUACAAGGAAAUGGGUCAAAGUGCCAUGAAGAAUGCAGUGAGAACUGUGGCGGCCUUCGAGGAUUAUUUCGGUGUUUCCUAUCCCCUGCCAAAAUUAGAUCACGUGGCGCUGAAGAAGAACUACGGAGCAGCCAUGGAGAACUGGGGUCUAAUCACCUACAAGGACAGCAAUUUGAUGCACAUCGGAGGGCCGGAUGCUCGAUUUCCUAUGAUGCACAAGAUUACCCAGAACCAUGAGAUUGCUCACCAGUGGUUCGGCAACUUGGUCUCGCCGGAGUGGUGGACCUACACGUGGAUGAACGAGGGAUUUGCUACCUAUUUUAGCUAUGUGAUCACAGAUUUGCUCUACCCCGAUGCCAUCGUAAUGGAUUCCUUUAUAGCCUUUGAGGCGGAUAGUGCCUACAGCUAUAAUAGUUUCUUUGAUGUUCGCCCGAUGACGCAUUACGUGGAGGGUGACAAGGAUAUCAUGUCGGUUUUCGACAUAAUUUCUUAUAAACGUUCUGCCUGCGUAAUAAAGAUGUUCCACAACGCCUUCCGUCAGAAGAUCUUCGUGCGGGGCAUCAGCCACUUUCUGGAGAAAUAUCAUUAUAGCGUGGCCAACGAGCUGAACCUCUUCGAUGCCCUGCAAGCGGAAGUUCUGGAAGAUGAGUACCUUUCCCACAAGCCUUGGGCUACUAGGAUAAGGGAUAUCAUGCUCUCCUGGACGCACAGCGAGUGGCUGCCCAUUGUGAUGGUCACCCGGAAUUACGAGAACAACUCCAUCACCUUCACACAGCGAUCGGUUCACUCGAAGGACGAGCUCUGGUGGAUACCUCUGAAUUUCGCCACCUCACAAUCGCCCUCUUUCGAGGACACCCAAGCGGAUAUUUUCAUGCCGCCCCUGUCGGAGUAUUCCAUAGGAUUGGAAUAUCUGGAUAUCCAGCUGAGCGGCAGGGAUUGGAUUAUAGUAAACAAGCAGGCGACGGGUUUCUAUCUCGUCCACUACGAUAAGGAUAAUCUAAUGGCCAUCGCCAGGCAACUGCAGACCAAUCACUCGGUCAUUCAUCGGCUAAAUCGAGCCAGUAUCUUCCGGGAUCUCAAGCCCCUGAUCGAACAUAACGAAGUAGAGCACGUAGAAUUGGUGUUCGAAUUGCUCAAGUACCUUGAGUUUGAGGAGGACCCGUUGAUCUGGAGCGAAGUGGGCGAUUCCAUUGAGUGCUUGACGAGGAACUUAUUUGGAACAUCCUCACAGAACCUUUUCAACGAGUUCGUACGCCGCCUGGUCAGUCCCAUCUUCAGACGUAUUUACCUGGAACAUACUGUCAAUAUAUCUCUGGAUACGAGUUUAGGGAUCCUGCAAAUGGCCUGCUCAGCGGAUCUUCCGGAGUGCCUGGAGUACACACGCGGCGUGGCCAAGGAGUAUAUAAUCAAUAAAAACAAUUUCUCAACAGAAUCGGAGUUCUAUGCCACGGCCGAUACUCUUUUGUGUAUGGGAGCGCGUUACCUGAGCGAUCGGGACUUCCACAGGGUGAUAGAUAUGCUACAGGAGGCGGAUCGGGAAUCGGUGUACUACGAUGACUUGAUAUAUGGUCUCCGGUGCACUCAGAGCCAUCGCCACCUGUUGUACUACCUGGAAGUCCUACUGGGCGAGAACUCUACGCACGUGAUCCUUACCGAACCCGAUAAUAUGAUGUAUCUUCUUUACAUCUAUAAGUCCAACCUGGCCUCUCGACCGGUCAUCUGGCAGUACAUUGAGCGCAAUUAUAAGGUGUUCUGCCGCUCGCCGAACUUUUUGGAACACUUUAAACAGCUCGCUGGAUUUGUACCCAGACAUCAGAGAACGCAAUUUGUGAGACUUCGUCAGAACAUUGCGAACUACAUGAAGUUGGAGGGUCUCAAUCCGGACCAAAAGCUGAUCGAGUCCGAUUCGCCGCUGGUGGGCAAAAAGGUGAAGAUGAGUGAAAACUUCCAGGACAAGUUCGAGCAGCAGAUCCACAACUGGCUGCUUGGCGAGAUCCCCCAGUCGACCAGCAGAAGUGAUGCCCUCUUGGCCGCAUCCCUCAGUGCGUCCAAUGGAUCCAGUCGGAACGAGGGAAUCCUCAUGGAGGCAACUAGGGUGUUGCGAAGUGCGUUACAAAUAGUUGAUAUGUAUAGGUAUUUGAGGACCAACUUGAGAACCUUUGAGAGCAGGCAGACUAGCCGAUAUCUGACCGCUUUACUGCUUAAUUAUCCCCCACGAUUGGCUUGGCCCAGUGCACUGUUGGCCAAUAACCGGAGCUUUGCCGUUUUUCUCGAUGCCUUUUCUGGAGCACCCAACAUGGCACGUUGGCUCCUGAAUUCCUGUGUCCUUCUGCUGCUGGCAGUGGGCAGCCUGCAGGCGCGCCUGAUCCUGCCACAAUCCUUGGACGAUGGUCAGCUGGAGACCAAGGGAUCUGCACUCUUUGCCACUCCCCGCAUAGAUGACAAUAGUGAGGGCAACUACCGACUGCCGAACAACACGGAACCGGAAUCCUAUAAUGUGGAACUCUGGACAAAUGUCCACACUGGCGACACCCAGUUCAAUGGAACCGUUAGCAUCGAUCUGCGAGUGCUGGAGACUUCCACGGACAUAAAGCUACACUACCGCCAGACGUCGAAUUUCGAGGCCUCGAUCAUCAGCCGGGAUGAGGUCACGCCCACUGCGAUUCCACUUACUGUGUACACCGAACUGCAGCGGGAAUUCCUAACCCUCAAUGCAACUGGCGUGAGCUUCUUAGAGAACACUAACUGGACCCUAACCAUCAAGUACAACGGCACCCACCGAUCCGAUAUGGGCGGUUUCUAUAUCUCCAGCUAUACUGAUGACGAUGGCCAGCAGCACUUCCUGGCCACCACGCAGUUCGAGAGCACCAAUGCCCGUCACGGCUUUCCCUGUUAUGAUGAGCCUGCUCGCCGAGCCAACUUCACCAUCACCAUCCACCACGAUCCUACCUACACCGCCAUCAGCAACAUGCCUGUGAAUGAGACUACCAGCAGUUCUGGAGUCACCGUCUUCCAGACGACCCCCAAGAUGUCCACCUACCUGGUGGCCUUCAUUGUGUCCGACUUUGAGUCCACCACCGGAGAACUCAAUGGUCUGCGUCAACGUGUCUUCUCCCGCAAGGGAAAGCAGGAUCAGCAGGAGUGGGCCCUCUGGUCUGGAUUGGUAGUGGAGUCCAGCCUGGCCGGCUACUUCGGAGUUCCCUUCGCCCUGCCCAAGUUGGAUCAGGCUGGAAUUCCGGACUUCUCUGCCGGAGCCAUGGAGAAUUGGGGACUGGCCACUUACCGUGAGCAGUACAUGUGGUGGAACAAGGAGAACUCGACAACUAACUUAAAGACGAACAUUGCCAACAUUAUUGGACACGAGUACGCGCACAUGUGGUUCGGAGAUCUGGUGUCCGUGAAAUGGUGGACCUAUCUGUGGCUCAAGGAAGGUUUCGCCACCCUCUUCUCCUACGAAUCGAACGACAUUGCCUUCCCCGAGUGGAACACCUACCAGAUCUACCAUGUGAACGACUACAACAGCGCCCUGCUGAACGAUGCCCUGGCCUCGGCCGUGCCCAUGACGCACUACGUCCAGACCCCCAACGAGAUCUCCAACCGGUACAACACCUUCUCGUACGCCAAGCCCGCCAGUGUUCUUUACAUGUUCAAGAACGCCUGGUCGGACAAGGUUUUCCGCAAUGGAUUGAACAAGUACCUGACCAAGAAUAAAUUCACUUCCUGCGACGAGUGGGACCUGUUUGCCUCCUUCCAGGAGUCUGCAAAUGAAUUGGGCCUAACGCUGCCCACCUCUGUGGACAACAUCUUCAGCAGCUGGUCCCACCAGGCCGGUUAUCCCCUGCUCACCGUGACCAGAAACUACCAGACUGGCACCUUCACGAUCACCCAAAAGCGCUACGUGGCCGACAAGGAUGAUUCGAAUGUGGCAACCUGGUAUGUGCCCCUCAACUUUGCCACUGCCUCCAAUCCCGACUACCGGAACACGAGUGCCACGCAUUAUUUGCUGAAUGUGACGGAGACCGUGUUCUCGGAUGUUCAGAUUUCCAGCGAUGACUGGGUCGUUGUGAACGUACAGAACUCCGGCUACUAUCGCACCAUAUACGAUGCCCAGAACUAUGCACUCAUUGCUGCCGUAUUGAAGUCCCAGCCCUGGAAGAUCCACCCGAGGAAUAGGGCUCAACUGCUGUACGAUACGUACAUCUUUGUGAGCACCGAUCGCCUGAGCCACAGCAUCCUGUUGAACCUGCUCAGUUAUCUGGAAAAUGAGGAGCAGUAUGCCCCGUGGUCCACUGCCAACACUAUCCUCACCGUUUACGAUCGUUACCUGAGGGGCGAUGAUUCCUACUACAACUUCCAGAGAUUCGUGCAGCAACUGAUCGAUCCCAUCUUCAGCAAGAUCGGAGUGAACGAGAUUCCCGGCGAGCAUUACCUGAACAACUACCUGCGUAACGUCCUGAUCAGCUUGGCCUGCCAGGUGGGAUCCAGUGAUUGCUACAGCCAGUCGGCCCAAAAGCUGUCCGACCACUUUAACAACGGCCCUGCCGUCGAGGCCACUUUGAAGACCCAGGCAUACUGCGCCGGUCUGCGAUCCACCACCAAUGCUAUCUACAGUAGAGUCCAGUCGGAACUCUUGGCCUCCACCGAUGCCACCGAUCGCCUUGUGCUCAUCUCCUCGUUGGGCUGCUCGGGACAAACGAGCCAACUGGUUGACUUCCUGGGGCUAUCCCUGGACACCACCAAUAGCCUGAGCCAAUCGGAGCGCACUUCCCUCCUCUACUACUCCUAUUACCGUAGCGAGAUUGGUCUGACCGCCAGUUUGGAGUUCCUGGAGUCCAACUGGGAGGCAUAUGCCAAACUGUCGACCACUUCCAAGCCCCUUGAUACCGCCCUGCGUGGCAUUGCCACCUAUGUGGUCAGCGAGAAGCAGAAGACAAGGCUCAACGCUUUGGUGGAUGUUGUGAAGGCCAGUGGACCCGAAUAUCUCAACGAUGACCUGAGCAGCACUAUUGACUCCAGGAUUACUGCCAACUUCGAUUGGUUGAAUGUCAACCGCGAUCCCUUGCUCAACUGGAUCGCCGACACCUACUCGGAGAACAGUGGUCCCACUGUGACCUCUUCCAUCUCCACGAUCCUGGUCAGUGCGAUGGCCCUGCUGUUCUACAGGCUAUUUUAGGCUAAGUCAUGCGGUCAAGUAUUAAUCAUAAAUUCAGUAAAGUAACAUGAGUCAACAUUAAAGAUUGUGUGUUAAUCAGAA